CAUUCGAUAGAAGGAUAUCCUUCAGUCUUAAUAACUGUUUUAUUUAUUUUAACAUGGUUCUUUCGAGUGAAGAUCUUUCUAUUUUGUUACAAGUCACAUUUUUCUUCAUAUUUAAUUCGUAUUCCAUAAAGAAUAACGUUUGGAUGAUGAUUCUACUUGGAUCAUUUAACCUUUCGACGAUGAUCAUGAUUAAAUUCGUGGUCUUAUCGGCGGCAGAAGAAGCUGCAAUUGUACAUUUACUGGUUACUAACAUCUUCGUCGUUGUUUCUCUGAUGAUUUGUAAACUAAUGAAAGUGGCAAAAACCGUUAUUAUUAGUAACGAGCGAUGGUACGAUCCGGAAAACGUCACGUUGGUCUUUGUUCAAACGGCAUUUUUUCAUACUUUCGUAAAUUGGAUAGACAGACGGAUGUGGACAGAUUCAUUAGACUAUAGUUUUCGAUCGGCACUUUAUUUCUAUCGAAGGAGAACACUUAAAUGAAUAAUGUAUAAGAACUCUUCAACUGUACUCCAUUAACAAAUCUAUUUCUCUACCUCCAUUAGAUUUUUAAAAAUGAUUUGAGGUCAAGAAAUUUUUUGUAUUAUUAUUAUUUUAUUGUGCAAAUAUAUCGAG